AAUCAGUAGAUGACAACUAAAUGUAACUAAAAGUAACAACUGAAGUCCAAAGUGAGAAUCUCUGGAUCUCUGUGAUUGAUGCUGGAUCCAUGAAUAAGGAGUCUGGAUUAGUGGACUGCAAGUUGCUUUGGGGAAAAAAGCGCCUGCUAAAUGACAAAUAACACGUAUUAGGAUGCAACUAAAGGAAUUAGCAGUAUAUGACCAGAUUGCUCAAGCCAAAUGGUGGGGCAGAUAGGGGUCUUUCUGAGUCUUUACUGGAAGCACAUGGUGCGCGAGUAGCAGCCGCCCAAUGAGACGCGGCACAGGCGCAAACGCUGCGGAUUGGUCGAGAACUCAGCGCACAUUCACAGGCUGACCUGAGAGAGAGAGAGAAAGAAAGAAAGACUGCUUAACGCCGGCGGAUGAGAGGAGAAGAGCGGUCCAGAACAACUGUCUGAAAGGAAAGAUACGCAGAAACAUGGAGGCUAACACGGAGCGAACCUUUGCUGACUUCUCUGGAUCCUGGAAAAUGAAAAGUUCCGAAAAUUUCGAGGAACUUCUAAAAGCUCUCGGCGUAAAUGUCUUUCUGAGGAAGAUUGCAGUUGCAGCAGCUUCCAAACCAGCUGUUGAGAUUACACAGCAGGGGGAAAGUCUCUCCAUUCAGACCUCCACUAGUGUGCGGACCACUCAUGUGUCCUUCACGGUGGGCGAGUCCUUCAACGAGGCUACGGUGGAUGGACGCCCUUGCACAAGUUUUCCAAAAUGGGAGACAGACCGUAAAAUCACUUGUGAGCAGACGCUGCAGAAGGGGGAGGGGCCUGAGACAUCAUGGACACGUGAACUGACCAAUGACGGCCAGAUGAUUCUCACCAUGAGAGCCGGAGAUGUCGUCUGCACCCGUGUGUAUGAACGAGACUGAAGGAUCCUAGAUUUCGGUUUAUUCUAUUCCAUUCCAUCUCAACCAUGUCCACAAUGUGCUAAAAUGCUUGUUUAUCAUUGUACAAAUAGCCCGUUCCUUCCACUUUUUGUAUGUUUGACAUAUACUAAGUUUGUGUGCCAGAGAAGGAGAGAUGUUUGAAGGGUCAGAGUAUAAAGUAUACUUGUAUAAAGAUGAUAGUGAGUUUGCAUUGUUCUUUUUGGUGCAUUGGCUGAAAAGUGUAUUUAUUAUUGUUGUUUGUGCAUUUUACGUUUCAGUUUCAUGUAUAUGCCACAAUGUGGCUUAUUAAUCAAAAAUGUUUUGCAAUAAACCUUUCUACUUAUAAACCCCCAA